AUGACAUCGUCAACCUCAUUAAAUUAUACCAAUUUCAGAGACAUCUGGUACACCAUGAUUGGGAUCCCAGGACUAGAAGACACACACAUUUGGCUCUCCAUCCCCAUCUGUUCAAUGUACAUAGUAGCUGUUGUAGGCAAUACAUCCCUAAUAUUGCUGAUAUCCACUGAGCGUAGUCUUCAUGAACCCAUGUACUUUUUCCUUUCAAUGUUGGCCCUGGCAGAUAUCUUCCUGUCCACAGUGACCAUUCCAAAGGUAUUAGCAAUAUUCUGGUUCCAGGCUGGUGGCAUUUCUUUUGCUAGCUGCGUGUCCCAGAUGUUUUUUCUCCACUUUGUCUUUGUGACAGAGUCUGGUAUAUUGUUAUCCAUGGCAUUUGACCGUUAUGUUGCCAUCUGCUAUCCACUAAGAUAUAUCAACAUUCUAACCCCAUCUGUCAUCAGAAAAAUGGGCACUGCAUCUGUGACUAGAAGCUUCUUCAUAUGCUUUCCCCUGAUCUUCCUUGUUUAUCGGCUCACCUACUGUGGGAGGAAGAUCAUUCAUCACUCCUACUGUGAACACAUGGGCAUUGCCAGGUUGGCCUGUGACAGCAUCAAGGUCAAUAUUUACUAUGGGAUUGUUGUAGCUUUAUUUUCCAUAUGCCUAGAUGUGGUACUGAUCAUUGUCUCAUAUAUCCUUAUACUUUGUGCUGUGUUUAGAAUUCCUUCUCGAGAUGCCCAACUCAAGUCCACCCAGAACCAUGCACAAUUUCCUACUAAUCCAACUUUGUAUUCCUUUUUCAUUUUUUGA